CAAAACAACUUGCACCACAGAAAUCUGCUGACCAUGUCGUUUGCGCCAAGCUUUGAACACCUGCAGAGGCUGCGGGUUUUGCCCGUGGCUCCGCAUGUGCUGCACGUGGAGCUCCACCGGCCGGAGAAGAUGAACGCCUUGGACUUGGUCUUUUGGGAGGAGCGCUGUGGCCAUAUGGGGCCAAAGGAGUUCCCACCGUUGAGUUUUUUUUUGUUGACCAAAACCGGUGGGGAUGAAACGAGUCGCCGGCCUGCGAAGAGCUUCUGUACACGGAUUAGGGAGUUGUCAUGUUUUUUUGGAGCUUUGUAUGGGAGGGUUCUUCUAACGCUUUGUGGUCGCGUCUCAUUGAAUCCCGCAAGGAGAUCAAACUUUGCUUCGAGAUGAUUAAGCAAGAUGUUGACACCCGAGCAGUCCUUUUGUCAGGACACCUCCUUGCGCCAGAUGGCGACACACUAUUUGUGUGAGGGUGCAGUUAGCCCCCCGCUCUAUGGAAAUCCGGACAUUUUGAUUUGGACUUCACAAAUCGGUGUCGCAGUGUCCCUGUAGGUGCUGGCCACCUCUUUUGUUCCGGUUUGGAUCUGAAAACUGCGCUGAGCAUCUUCAGCAGCGAUGCGGCACAAGACGUUGCAAGGCGGGCUCUAAAGAUCCGGAACUUUGGCAAGAUGUGGCAGGACGCUUUCACAUCGAUUGAGAUGUGUGGCAAACCAGUGAUUGCCUGCCUACACGGCGCUGUGCUUGGAGCAGGGCUUGAGCUGGUUGCGGCGUGUGACAUUCGCUUUUGCACCUCGGAUGCCUCCUUCAAACUGGCAGAGGUGGAUAUCGGUCUGGCCUCUGAUGUUGGUGGGUUGCAAAGACUACCCAAGAUCAUUGGCAACCAGAGCUUGGUCCGGGAGCUAGCGCUGUCUGGUCGGCAGAUGCUGGGAUCCGAGGCCUUUCAGCAUGGCUUGGUGAGCCGAAUCUUCGACACUAAGGAGGCCAUGAUGUCCGAGGGGCUGGCGCUGUGCCAGAGCAUUGCGUCCAAGAGUCCGAUUGCGACUCUUGGGAUCAAAGAGUUCUUGAACUACACGAGGGAUAACUCGGUGAAGGAUAGCUUGGAAUAUGCCAUUACUUGGAACAUGAGCAUGCUACAAGGGAGUGAUUUGGCCAUUGCAACUGCGUCAAUGGUACAAAAGUCUUUGCCUGAGUAUGAGAACUUGCCUGGAGCGAAGCAGUCUAAGCUUUAGCACCAGGCCUUCAUCUUUGCACUGUUUCACCUCUUCUCGAGGAGCAUUCAGUGGCAGGGAAAAAGAACCAAAGCGCUACAGACAUUGCGAUGUUCUGCAGCUUAUUGAUGAUGCAUGCCAAGUCUUGAGGCUAAGCAGUGACCGUGCCCAGAAGCUUCUACCUC